UCCCGACCUGACCCGACGACGCCUCCCCUUUCUCUCGCGAAGGCAGUCGGCGGUGGCGUCGUUCUCCCUCGGCGCGGGCGCGGCGGCGGCCUGCUCGAUCCACGGCGCGGGACCGGCAGCGGCAGGAUCCACGGCACGGGGGUGGCGGGGGCGGCGGCACGGGACCAGCGGCGUCUGGAUCCACGGCGCACCAUGGCCCUCGUGUGAGCCUUCUUCCCCGCCCCUUCCAAAACCCUAGUCCCAACCUGGGAUUCUAGGGUCCAUGGCGGACUCGCAGCAGGGGAGGUGCCCCAGGCAUUGACGAAUGUUCCUUCGUGGCUUCCAUCAGGGCAUACUUCUCUCACUUUUUAAACCAUAGUUUUCCUUUUCUGAAUAUUUGUGUUUGUUGUAUAGAUUUCAUAGGUCUAGUCGAUUUAGCUUGAUUUCUGAAUGGUGGAGUUGUGUUCAUUCACAGGAUGGACCCCUCAUCAUCAUUCUUGUUGAACAUUAAAAUUGUUGGGUCUCACUUUAGAGAGGGCAUCCGCGGCUAUAGAUUUCCUAUGGUCGUGGAUUCCGACACAACAAAUUACAAAAACUUUGUUUCUAAAAUUGGAGAGAAAUAUCGGUGGCGUAUGAAUGAAACAAUCAUGAUUAACUAUUUUGAUGAGUCCAAUCGAACAAUACCUGAGUUGAGUAGUGACCAAGACAUGGUUGCUAUGUUUGCUAAAUUUGGUACUACCAAAACAAUUGCAGUGUUGAUUACAGUUCAUGAUUUCAAUGUUACGCCUAAUAAGCCAGAAUGGCCAAUCAAAGAAGGUGUUAUUGUAGACAUUCCAUGCACUCCAUCCCUUCCAUCUGCUCCUCCAAAACCACCUCAGGAAACUAGCAGUCAGCGCAACAGUGGCACUCAUCCUUCCACACUGUCAAAUAAUUAUGUUGGUUGGGACUUAGCAAAUACUUUCGAGGAAAAUGAACAUGUUGGUGUCGAUGAGGAAGACAUGUACUUAGAUGGUAGUGACAGUGAAGAUGGUGCUAUUGAUGUGCCUUCUUGUAAAGAGAAGUGCAGUGUUAAAGAUCCUGACUUUGUGCCCGAGGUUGGUGAGGAAUAUUCUGACGAGGACACGUCGGAGGAUGAGGAGGAUGGGGAUUGGGUGGGCAAAGAUAAGGAGCUUGAUAGCUUACCAGAUUUUUCUUAUGAUAAGGAAGAUCCACCUAUGGCGGAGGGUACAAUAUAUAGUAGCAUGGAUGAGUUUAGAUUGGCAAUAGCUCAACAUGAAAUUAAACGUGAAUUUGAAUAUAAUAUUGAAAAGAGUGAUCCAAGGAGAUUCAGGGCCUUUUGCUCUGACGUGGAAUGCCUCUAAGAUGGUAGCAUUAAGGUGGUGGUAAACAGGGAUCCUCAUUCAUGCUCAAGCACAAGAAGAUGUGAAAUCAUGAAACAUGCAACCUUAAAUUGGGUGGUUGACAAGGGAAAAAUUUGGCUCAUUGAAGAUUCUAGUUUGGGCCCCAUUGCAUUGCAAACAAAACUCUUUGAGAAGUAUCAUAUCAAAGUGCCGUACAAGAGGGUAUUUAAUGGGAAGGAGAGAGCAUUUAGGGAGUUAUAUGGCUGCUGGGAAGAAAGUUUUGAGAAGCUGUACAAUUACAAAGCUGAAAUUGACAAGUAUUGACCUGGUAGCUCUUUUGUCAUUGAUCAUCAUGUAGUGCUUGGAGCAAUAAGGUUCAGAAGGCUAUUCUUUGCAUUGAAACCUUGUAUAGAUGGUUUCCUUGGAGGUUGUAGGCCAUAUUUGGCCAUUGACAACACUUCCUUGACGGGCAAGUUCAAAGGUCAGUUGGCUGCUGCAGUUGCUGUAGAUGGUUGCAAUUGGUUUUUUCCAGUUGUUUUGGGAGUAAUUGAUUCUGAAACAAAGGAGAAUUGGAACUGGUUCAUGCAGAGGCUUAGAGAUGCUAUUGGCACUCCUGAAGGGCUCGCAAUUUGUAAUUGAUGCAGGAAAAGGUAUUGAUGCAGCGGUACAAGACGUAGUCCUUAUGGCAGAACAUAGAGAGUGUAUGUGGCACUUGGUGAACAACUUUAAGAAAAAAUUUAGAGGCAGGAUAUAUGAUGACCACCUUUGGCCAGCAGCAUAUGCAUGGAAUUCUUAUCAUUUUGAGAAACACAUUGCAGCUAUUCAGCAAGCAAGGCCAACAUCAAUUUCUUACUUGCAGAAGAACCACAUGAGAUUAUGGACUAGGAGCCAGUUCUCAACACACUCAAAGGUGGAUUACGUGACCAAUAAUCUUGUUGAGUGCUUUAAUAAUUGGGUCAAAGAUUACAAAGGAAUGCAUCUUGUGGAAUUUAUUGACAAAGUCAGGCAUGAGUUAAUGGUCAGGUGGAGGAAAAGAAGGAAGAUUUCUAUGAAAUGGACAGGCUGAAUUUUACCACACAUUGUGAAAGAAUUGCAUGAGAAAAGCAGGGGUUUGACAUUGGAUGUAACAAGAACUAGCGACAUUGAAGCUGAAGUGCAAUGCAAGGGUGGGAGUGGUUAUAGGCAGGUUGUGAAUCUCAGAGAGAGGACUUGUACUUGUAGAGAGUGGCAGGUUUGUGGCAAGCCAUGUUUGCAUGCUAUUGCCUUCAUUGGGCAUAUUCGAGGGUCUAUUGAGGCUUAUGUUCAUGAUUGUUACAGUGUGCAAAAGUUUAGGGCUGCGUAUCAACAUAUCAUUCCUGCAUUGGUUGACAAGUCUCAGUGCCCAAAAUCUGAGCAUGGCUUCUUCCUAGAACCACCUAUUUUGAAGAAUGUAGCAGGGAGGAGAAGAAAAAACAGAUACAAAGAAUCUAGUCAAAAGUCCAAAGGUGCUCACAAACGCCCAAUCUGCAAGGGGUAUGGGCAUCAUUGGCACAGCUGUAGACAAGGUGAUCCGGAACAAAUAACAGCUAUGCUUCUUGAAAGGGGGCCACCAAAGAAAAGGAGCAAGAAGAGUGAAAAAGAGAACACCGAGACAGCCAUUGUAGUUGCAUGUGCUUCUACAUCUGCUCCUACCAUGAUAUAUCCAUCUAGCAAUGAUGUCUCCAAUGAUAUAGUUGGUCAAAUAAAUGAGACUGGCCUCAUCACAACUAGCUCAGUGAGGUCUAUCACCGCUUCCAAUGAGCCAAAACAUGCAUCAGGAGAGCAAAAGGGAAAAGGGAAGGGGAAGAAGAAGGGAAAAGGGAACCCCAAGGCCGCGAAAGGGAAGACCACCUCGCAAGUUGUUGCUGUUGGCGAGCUCACACCAAAGCGCAGAGGAAGAAGCACUCAUGAUGUGUCACCUGAUAGCCCAGCUAUGGGUACCAGGAGCAGAACAACCGCUAGUAGCCCAGCUAUGGGUACUAGGAGUAAAAAGGCACCUAAUAGAUUGAACUUGUAAUAUGUGAUGUAUGUUGUCUAUUUUGGUUGUUGCCAGGAUGUUGGUACUAGGAGCAAAAAGACCUCUCUUUUGGACACUGGACUGUUAUCUUUUGAACAUUACGUUAUUGGAAUGAUUGUGAGCACGCAUGCUGAAAUUAUGUUGAGUUUUAGUA